AUGAAACUUGUUCGGCCAUUUGAUGAUUUCAUCUACGAAGAUCGUUACAAUAACGAUGAUGACGACAAUGAAGAAUACGAUUCAGAAGAUUCUAAUCAAGAGAAUUAUUUUGCCAAUGAAUAUCCCGAUGAAGAUGAUGAUUUAGCCAUGAACAGUGAUCGUGACGACAUUGACGAUGAAGACGAAGAUGAUGAUGCUUCGAAUUUGGCUAGAGGCCUGGAUAAAUUUGUGUUUGGUGAUGAUGAUGAAGAAGAUGACAAUGAUCAUUUCUAUAGUUCAUCUAGUGACGAUGAUAAUUAUUAUAAUGCCUAUAAAGAUCCCUAUGUCCAUUCAAUUGAUCCCGAAGAGGAAAACUUUUGUCAAGAUGUUGAUAGCUGUGAUGUGGAUCGUUAUGGGGAGGCAUAUGCCCGCUAUAAGGCACGUAUAAUGAAAAAGAUGAAACCCAAAACAGCUGAUGAUGAUGAAGACGAGGAUGAUGAUGAAAAAUCCGAAAGAAGUGAUUAUGGUGAUACAUCCGAUUCGGAUUCAUGUGAUUAUGAUGCCUAUUAUGAUUCGGUUACAGGAGAUUAUUAA